GUCGGGCGGGCUGAGGCCGCGUGUCGCGGGUCGCAGGCCCCGCGCGUUGUGUCCGCCCCGGCCUGCGGCGGGGACGCCUGAGCUGGGCUGACCGUGCUCUACCGGCCGGCAGAAAAGCAGGCCGGGCGCCGCCUGUCUCCAGUCCUCGCUUUGCUCUGGGGUCCAGGGCCAGAGGGGGCGGCGCUGGUCGUUGGGACUUGGCCCAGCCGCCGCGGCCAGCAAGUGACCAACGCCCGAGUCCUUCCCAGUGAGAUCAGGCCUCCCACGCGUCACGCCUGGGAGAACGUCAGCCAGCGGGGAGGUCGUGCCGGGAUAGCAGACUUUAGUUGUUGUCGUUGUCCCAGCACAGGGAACCUUAUCGAGCCAGUUCUCAGAUUUGGGCAAUUAUCAGAAUCGUGGCUUUAGGGUAGGGGUCGUGCGCGCUCUUUUUGAAACUCUAGAUUCUCAGGCCCCUUUCCCCAAAAUAGCAGUUAGGACGGUGUGGGAGUGGGCCUGAAAAUCAGCCUUUUAUCAGAUUUCAUUUGGUAAUUAACUGUAUUUGGGAAGCCCUUAUCUAAUUCACAGCCCUCGGUUGAUGGUGAAGAGACGUGACUUGCCCCAGAUCAUCUAGCUAUUUAGUGCCUAAAUAGCACAGAGGAGGGUCUAGAACUGCCCUCUGCCCUCCUGAUCAGCCAGCAGGUUGGUGACUCUGAUGCCACUGAGGAUUCUGACUUCGUGGUUCCUUUGGGGCCUUUGCUCCAUUGACUCUGCAGCUGGGACCCUUUCUUUAGGCCAGGGACCCCCUCCCUGCCUGAAAGCCCGGUGACCCCCCAGAGCGCUGGUUCCAGGCUAGACAAAGGCUUGUAUUUGUCCUUGUGGAAAGGGUUGUUUUAUCUGAGUGGAACUUCUCUCCAGCUUCACUGAGCUACAUUUGGGCCCCCAAAGAGGUGUGUCCUUGAUGACUGUUGGUUUUGACGUGUCAGCACGUAGCAAGAGCGGUGGACAAAACCCCACAGACACCGAGGUAGUGAAGGAAGUGGCUUUUAAUCACCUAGAAGCAUCAGCAGACUAGUGUCUCAAAAUCCCAGCUUGUUGAGUGGACGAUAUCUGUCCCUUUUAAGGGCUCACAACACUAAGGAUUUUACAUGCAAGGGCCGUGAUUGAUUGACAAUCUAGGGGAUAAGUGACAGGGGCUGCAUGCACCGGUAAUCAGAGUGAAACAGAACAGAACAAGAAAUUUCACAAUGUCCUUCCACACAAUGUCUGGAAUCUAUGGAUAACAUCGGUUGCUAGGUCACACUUUGAAUUUUAACUAUCAGGCUAAGGUCAGGCAGGCCCAGGCCUGGUUUCUGGUCUGGUGCCUGGUGCGGUGCUGUGCUGCCUGCCUUUGGUUUCGCUUCCUCGUUUCUUAUUAAAACAGGUACUGAGUAUAAAAUAAUAUAGAACAAUAUGUCGGGGGGGGGUGCUCUCUUUCUCUCUUCUCUCAAGCAAGGUCAGGGUGUUUGGAAAAGGACUGCUUUCCUCUCUUGAAAUAGGAGGCCAUAGAGGCCUUUUCUCAGAUAAUUUCUGGCUUCUUUAAAACCUUGCCAGUAGGGUCAGGAAAGCCACCCACCCUAGUCCUAGCCUCAGCCCCUCACAGAGAAAGGAGGGGACUAUCCACCACCCCGCUUUCCCAAAUUAGUUAUUAAGCAGGGUUGGCAUUGGGCUUCUUAGGCUUUUUUCUCCCGUUGCUGGACUGAAGCAAAUUGAGGUUCUGAAUUUGUCAGUUCUAAGAUGUGACUGUCAAUGUGAGGAAGUUGGUUACAGUUAAGACCUUUUUAAAAGAGAGACCUUUUCUCCUGGAAAGGAUGGGAUGAGCAAGCAGGGUGAAUGAGUCAGGAUGGGUCAGGUCUGGAUGAGUCAAGUCAGGAUGCGGUGCCCUGCCCUGGAGUGUGGAGUCUUUAUGGAGAUGCUGUGGUAUCAUCAAACCUGGCAGUUCACCUCACUUCCCACCCCCUUCCCGUUUCUCUUAAUCUCUGCUGCUACUGCUCAGGUUUUCAUCUUCUCCAGACCCCUUUCUACACGCUUCUGAAGAGGACCUGCCACGUGCUAGCUUCUAGGCUGGCUGUUGGGGAAGGGACGGAGACAAUCAAGGCUCCAACCUGCCUUCAUAUAGCUCUAAGGUAGACUGUGUGUACCAAUGGACUUGGAAGGGUGUAAUAAUUCUCAAAUUGUGUAUAAGAGCUCAGCACAGAGGGAUGAAUUUCUUUGCUCCCCAGCUAGACUUCAUGUCCUGAGUCAGGGCUACUAUGGGGUAUUUCAGUGACCUCCAUAGGUGCCUCUGAGGCUCCCCCAUUCACUUGGCCAGUAGACACCAAUUCAGGGGACACCAGAUUGGAGUAGGGGUGGCUCGUGGAAGGGCCACCAGAGUGGGAAGUAGAAGAUGAAAUGGUGCAAAGGAGAGAGGAGCGAGAAACAGUGCCUCCAGCAUGACCCACCUUAUGCUCUACACCCUAGUGACUUCAGGCUGCUGGUGGGCCCUCUUCCUCCACCCUGGGUUACUCUUUUUUAAAGCCUUUACCCCUAACAUGGCCACUGAUUCUUCUCCCUUCUACCUGGAAGGUUACUGUUUUACAUGCACACAGAUUUAGCUUCUUCCAGGAAGCCUCCAGAGAAUUGUCCUCCAACCUGUUUUGCCUCCCUAGCACCUCUAAUUCAGCCCUUAACACACUUUGUGCUUGGUUUCUGUCUCCACCAUGAAACUAAACCUCUUGGAGUCCAGGAUCCACCUUUGCAGCUGCCCAGCACUUGGCACAGUGGAGACACGAGAGAGCUUCAGUGUGGCAUUGGCCUGUGCAACCUAGUGGCAGAACAAUAGCCGAGUCUGAAAGAGCAGGAGGACUGCUGCUGCCCCAUUGGAAGAUUACUCCCCAGGCUUCGCUUACCCCAAGCAGUGAGCUAACUGGAAUGGUACCCUGGGAGGCCCCUGAGUCUGCUCAGUGCCUCUGCCCUUCCUUCACCAUCCCAGAUGCCAAGGAUGCGUUUCGGAAGAGGCACAAGAGAAGGAGCCGACAGCACCAGCGGUUCAUGGCCCGGAAGGCCUUGCUGCAGGAGCAGGGGCUGCUGAGCAUGCCUCCAGAACCAGGGUCCUCCCUACUGCCCACCUCUUACAGGGCAGUGCCAGCAACUGAGGCUCCCAGCAGUGGGAAGCAGUGUCUGAGGGCUGGAUCUGGCGGUGCCCCAUGCAGCAGAAGGCCCGCUCCCAGGAGAGCCUCAGGGCCCUUGCCCAGCAAGUGUGUGGCUAUCGACUGUGAGAUGGUGGGCACGGGACCCCAAGGGCGGGUGAGCGAGCUGGCCCGCUGUUCCAUCGUGAGUUACCAUGGCGAUGUCCUCUAUGACAAGUACAUCAGGCCUGAGAUGCCCAUCGUUGACUACCGUACUCGCUGGAGCGGCGUCACUCGGCAGCACAUGCACAAGGCUAUCCCCUUCCAGGUGGCCCAGAAAGAGAUCCUUAAGCUCCUGAAGGGCAAGGUGGUGGUGGGGCACGCGCUGCACAACGACUUCCAGGCCCUCAAGUAUGUCCACCCUCGGAGCCAGACCCGGGAUACCACCUAUGUCCCAAACUUCCUCAGCGAGCCCAGCCUCCACACCCGGGCCCGGGUCUCUCUAAAGGACCUGGCCCUGCAGCUGCUGCACAAGAAGAUCCAGCAGGUGGGCCCGCACGGGCACUCAUCAGUAGAAGAUGCCACGACAGCCAUGGAGCUCUACCGGCUGGUGGAGGUGCAGUGGGAACAGCAGGAGGCCCGCAGCCUCUGGACCUGCCCUGAGGACAGAGAACCUGACAGCAGCACAGACAUGGAACAGUACAUGGAGGACCAGUACUGGCCCGACGACCUUGUCCACGGCAGCAGAGGAGGAGCCAGGGGGGCACAGGACAGAAGGAAUUGAGAAGGGGGCAGGGCUCCCUGACUGGGCUUCUGGUGUGGCCGGUAGGAAGUAGGGGCCAGGAGAGCAGCAGGCACUCCUUCCUGGGCAGGGCGGGGCAGGAUGCAGCGAGCCAGCCCCAGGGCCAGAGGAGUUGGGGUCAUCUGUUAUCUUGACACCCUCUGCUCACAGCAUAGGGCUCUGUCUCUCCAGGGCUGUUAGUUCUUUCUCCUGACUCCUGUGAUUUUGCUAAUGGCACUUUACAGACUCCAUGGUGAUGUCAGGUGGACCAUCUUCUAGGGCCCAGCAGGAGUAGGGAAUGUGUCCACAGACGGACCAGGUUGUCAUGGCCUUCCCCACCCCUCAGAUCUCCUGAGUCAUCGCUGUGCUAAUGAAAGGAAUCAUGUCACCCUGUCUGGGGUUGGUGGGUGGGGGUGUCAAUCUCCUGGAGCUCCCUUACCCCAACUCAAUGACUUGGGGUAAAGUUAUCUUCCUUUUAUUGCCUACCUCUUCCUCCACUCAUUUUGGGUUCAGAAUAAAUAUGCCCUGAAGUUAAAGAGUUAAGUCCUAAAGGAGACAUUUCCUCCCCACUUCCCUGACCUGGAACUCUGGCUAUAGCCAUUGUAGGAACUCUGUGCUCCGCGUGGCCUGUCAGCUCCCUGCUAGGCUACAGUGGAAUAGCAGAGCCCACAGGCUUCUCAUGGGGAACUGGCCCCUUAACAUGCUUCGCAACAGAAGGCCGCAGGCACAGCUCAGGGAGGAGGGAAGGCAGGUAAGCUUUGGAUGAGAAUGGGCAUAUUUAUUUUGACCCAAAUCAGGGACUUCCCCAGUCCGCCCAGUACUGGGCUCUUAAGCAAAAGCCUGAGAAACAAGACAGUGGUUUGAAUUCUGGGGCCUUUGUGUAGAAUUGUGCCUGACCUUUAUUUAUUUAUUAAGAGCAGGGCUACUCGUCUAGGGGAGUAGAGUCUGUCUCCUGGGGCUGGGGCAGGGCAUUGGCAGUUAUGCAGUGGCCCUGAACCUGGUCUGAUGCCCCCUCAGCUCUUUGACUAUCACUGUGGCUGUUGGGUUUUUUCCUGUUUCUAAAAAUGUUCUCUUGUUUCCUAAGUGACGGUUUUGAAAUAUUGGGUAACCAAGAACUCAGGUCACACAGACCUUGGAGCCCCAUCUUUGCUUGCCACUUACCUUGAGAUACUAGGCAAGCGAGGGACUUCACUCUUGAGCCUGUUGUUUCCUUAUCUGUAAAAUGGGGAUAGUGGUACGGCCUACCUCAUAGGGUUGUAAUGAGCACUAAAUGUGAAGUGUUUGGCACAGUGCCUGACAUGUGGUGAGCCACAGCCACUGUGAGUUUCUGUUUUCCUUUUUUUUUUUUAAGCCCCAAAAGGGGCCACAACGUUGUUUAUUCUUUGAGGAUUUGUUGCAACUUCUUCAGGAUAACACCUGAGUCCACAGGCUGAAUAGCUGUGGCCCAGACAGAACUGCUCUGGCUUGGCUGUUGCAGCAGGUGGGGCGCUGGCCUCGGUGAGGACACAGCAGCAAGGGUCACAGUUAUCCCUGUUCUUGUCUGUGGUCACCAGGCACAGGUUUGACUUCCGGUCAGUGUCCCGACAUUGUGCGGGAGGUGACAACAGAGCAAAGCAGCACAGGGGUCAGGGAGGUAGAGACACUGCUGAAAUCACACUACCCCACCCUUAGCUGAAGCCCCAUGUUCCACAAACUUGGGGUCAUAGAUUGUCCAGUCACUGGCUCCUUCCCUGUCAGCACAGCACAGAGGAAGGGGCUAGCUGAGUCUUUUACUACUUCUGGCCCGGCUCCAGAACUUUGUUCUAGAUUCCUUAAAAGUCGGUAGCUGAUGUCAAACUCAGUUGAGCAGUAGCUUUGAUCCCUUGGUCUGGGGGUUAAAGGAAGAUAGCGCUGUUAUCAGCGGGGAAAGGUACUAUUUAAGAUCAGCUUUGUUGUAAAACCAUUUGUUCUAGAAUAAAACUCAACUGUAAAAGUG